AUGGCAUGGCAGAACUCCGCUGGCAUGGGGGGCAGCGGAGGGAGUGCCGGUGGUGGGAGCGAGGCAGGUAAUAGUGGAGGUCAGCCUCAAGGCACAGAGUAUACAUUACAAGGGGUAAUGCGCUUCCUACAAACUGAAUGGCAUAGACACGAGCGUGAACGGAAUGCCUGGCAAAUUGAAAGAGCGGAGAUGAAGUCGCGAAUAGGAAAGCUCGAGGGCGACGGGAGGACAAACAAGCGACUACGGGAAUCAAUGGACAAACACAUCAGGCUUCUGGAGCAUGCCCUCAAAAAGGAGAGGGAAAAAGCCAAAUCUCCGCAAUCUGGGACGCAACCAGAGGACAAGAAAGAGGAGAUUCAGGCCACGAAGCAGAACGUCAGGCCGACCUCUAAGGGCAAACCUCACAACUCCUUCCUCGACCUCGAACCCGAAGAUCAAUCCUCUCCAAGUCUCAGACACGAAUCGGAAAGAGAUAGGUCACGGUUGUACCUUGGCAAAUGCAUCGAAGAGGUCUCGUACCACGUCUUAUCGUUCAACGGCCAGCAGCAAUAUAGCGAAGAGCCGGAGCAAGCACUUCAGAAUCACCAAUACGCCAACGAUCAACAACCACAGAGGUCUUUAGAGGAGGUGUAUGUCCAGCAAAGACAAAAGCAGCUACCGACAAAUUACGGAUCAUUAGGACCAUCGCCUCUACCUAAUCAUCAACCUCCACCCGUCCCUCGAGUCUCUGAUAUUCCAGCACUCUCUCGCACCUCACAGCCACCAGAACAGGCAUCCUACAUGAGUCGAAGUCUGCCGGAACGACAAGCGCAACAGCAAAACCCGCCUCUUACCGCUAUCGAUCGGUCAAAUCAACCUCGGUCAGAAUACGGCUUCCCUAAUCGUGAUCGCGAUGAGCAAGUUGAAAAGGUGGCACAUAGCUAUGAUUCAUUUGGCCGACCUAUACCACCUCGCGAAGAAGAGGAGAACGCCAAAACAUCAGAAGAGCCGGAGGUUGCGGAUGCAGAUGGGUGGAAUUUUGACGACCCUGCAGAGCCUCCUCUUACUGAAGACCGGCCUGCGCCAGAGCAACCAUUACCUCAAAGACCUGAUACCGACGUCUUCCCAAACGCAAACAACGUUGCAUUGAAAUCUCCUACGCGCGGGGGGCCUGGUUCGCAUAGACGGAAAAGCUCUUUAUCGAGAAGGCGGCCGAGCGAUGGAUCACAUGAGCUGAGAGAGCUAUCAACGUCGCAUACGGGUGGCAGCUUCAGAGGCGAUGCUGGCCAGUUCAAGGUUCGCUUCGCACUCAGAGGUCAUCUCGACGUCGUGCGAUCCGUCAUUUUCUCCGGUGGAGGGAGCCCAGCGCAACCUGAGAUCUGCACCGCUGGGGAUGAUGGGACAAUCAAGAGGUGGACGGCCGGCAGCAAUCCAAACAAGGGAGAAGAUCUGGAUCUCAAGUGCGAUCAAACCCAUCGAGGCCAUACUGGAGCCGUUCUCUCGCUUGCAGCAUCUCCUGUACACCAGCCAUUUACAAACGGCGGUAGGGCCCAAGGAGAUGGCUGGGUCUUCUCGGGAGGGCAAGACGCUACCGUACGAGUCUGGGAACGGGGCAGGGUUGACCCGAAAGCUACACUGGAUGGUCAUACAGACGCCGUGUGGACGGUCUGCGUCCUGCCUGGAACUUCUGCAUCCAUACUUGGAGAUCAGUCUACGCAUCACGGUGGGCCGGACCGAACGAUCAUUGCAUCCGGUGCCGCGGAUGGAACAAUACUCAUCUGGGCUGUCAGUACACCACCUCAAGCAUCAUCACCGCAUCAAGCGUCGAGAAGGGGUACGGGGGGUAGUCGAAGAGCAAAUUCGGUAUCGGCAGGCUCCAACUUCCCAUCCUCACCACAGCCAAACACCGCUACUUCCAAACCAUUUCAAUACUCCCUCGUCCACCGGAUCGAGAGGCCCGAUCACCCAUCACCCACAUGUAUCAGUCCUUUGUCCAUAUCCGGUGAGACUUUCGUGGUGUCUUAUGCUGACGCUUCCAUUCUCGUCUACAACACCCGCACAGCAGAAGAGAUGGUCGGCAUGGCGAGUCUGGAAACGUAUGACGGGACUGCCAGCACAGGCGUCAAUGCGGUAGGCGCUACGACUGUGGGUCUGGAGGGCACCAUGAGCUUUGACUCUGGAAGAGGGGUAUCGGAAGAUGAGAGCACGGUUCACGGCCCUACUGGAUCGAGCAGCGGUGUUGAAGGCGUGAUACUCAGUGGGCACGAAGAUCGCUAUAUCCGAUUCUUCGAUGCCAACAGCGGUCAAUGCACGUACGACAUGCUUGCCCACCCCGCCGCCAUCUCUGCGCUCUCCCUCUCACCCUCGGGUGCGGAACUUGUCUCUGCCGGUCACGAUGCUAGUCUCCGAUUUUGGUCGCUGGAGAAAAGAUCUUGCGCACAAGAAAUCACGAGCCACCGGCUCAUGCGCGGCGAAGGCAUCUGCAGUGUUGUGUGGAGUCAGGACGGCAGGUGGGUGGUCAGUGGAGGAGGCGAUGGUGUUGUGAAGGUGUUUUCCAGGUCCAAUGGGGACCAAAGCAGGCAGACCCUCCUCCCCUUCGCCCUCCUCCUUCCCCUCACCACAGCUGCAGAAACAGUCCUCGGCCUCUACAUCUUCUCCCGCCAUGGUGACCGCACAUCAAAAGCAUGGCCUCCCACCAAGCUCACAAACUUGGGGUACAACGAAAUCUUCUCCUCCGGGACCUGGUUCCGCGAGAACUACAUCAACGGCUCCUCCCCCAUCAAUGGCAUCGAACCGAAUAACGUCAAGCUAUCCCAGAUCGCUGCCUCGGCGCCUCUCGAUAAUGUCCUUAUGACUUCCGCCCAAGGCUUCUUACAGGGACUCUAUCCUCCUGUUGGCGCGACGCUGGGAAGCCAGACUCUGGGCAAUGGCACUGUCGUGGCAGCGCCGCUGAAUGGAUACCAACUCAUCCCCAUCCAGACAGUCACCACCGGUACGGGGAGUGAGAACGACGCUUGGCUACAGGGUGCGAGCAACUGCGCAGAUGCGGAGAUCAGCUCAAACAACUACCUCACGUCGCCUGAAUAUCUGGCUCUCCUGAACAGUACCCAAGCUUUCUACAGCAACAUCCUCCCAACCAUCAACACCACUUUCAACGCCAGCCAGGCCAAUUUCGCAAACGCUUACUCAAUCUUCGACCACCUCAACGUCGCCGCAAUCCACAACGCCACCAUCCCCUCCUCCAACCUCCUCACCCCCGACGCCCUCCUCCAAAUCCGCACCCUGGCCGACACCCACGAGUUCAACCUCGCCUACAACGCCUCGGACCCCAUCCGCGCCGUCGCCGGCGCCACCCUCGCCGCCCAAAUCGUCACCGCCCUCAACGCGACCGUCGCCUCCAACGGCACCGCCGCCCCCGUCACCCUCCAACUCGGCGCCUACGGCCCCUUCCAGUCCUUCUUCGGCCUCGCGGACCUGCCCUCCCUCGGCCCCGACUGGGUCGGCAUCCCGGACUACGCGUCCACGAUGACGUUCGAACUCUUCACCGACGCGCCGCCCUCGCCCUUCCCCGCCGCCGACGACCUCCGGGUCCGCUUCCUCUGGCGCAACGGCACCGCGGGCGGCGCCGGCGCCCCGACGCCGUACCCGCUCUUCGGGCAGCAGGACUUGACGCUCGCUUGGACCGAUUUCGUGUCCGGGAUGGAUAAAUUCGCCAUCGGUUCGCAGGCCGAUUGGUGCACGGCGUGCGGGAAUUCGACGGGCGCGUGCGCUUCCUCCUCCUCGACGCUCACGUCGCCUUCGUCGGGCGGGAAGGACGGCGGUGGCGGUGGUGGUGGUGGUGGGGUCAGCAGGCCUGUCGCGGGCGUCAUCGGCGCCAUGGUUACGCUGGCUGUGGUUCUGGGCGUUGAAGGGUUGAUCAUGUUAGUGGCGGGGUUGAGGUUGGUGGGGAAGAGGAGAUUGGGGGCUGGGGCGAGGGAGGGGGCGGUGAGGCCGAAGGCUUGA